AUGGCUAUAACCCUUCCCUUCGGCCUGCUUGCCGAUUUCAAUUUGCAAGCUGAGGCCACCAUACCCGAGGACAUAUUUGACCAGCACGAUGGCGACAUUGUGGACGAUGCGACCUCCCAGCUGCAAUAUGCCGAGCCUACGGAUGACGAAGCUGACGAUUCCGAUGCGGCUGAUAUUAUACUUGAAUCUCAAAGGCCCACUUCAAGGAAUUUCACUGUUUACCUUGCAAAAGAUGGCAAGACAAGUUGCCAAUGA